GGAUGGGCGGGGCUUGUUUUCAGCCUCCUUGGCAGCGCUAAUGGCAUUCUACGCCUGCGCAAAUUAAUAAGUACCGAAAAUUACAAGGAACUACCCUUUUUACAGGUAACGAGUACGCUUUGGCCGUUCCUCCUUUCAGUCCACCGGUCGGCGCWGACUGGUUGAUUCCACCUACAUACCGCCUCUGUCCUCAGGUGACAGUCCCAACUAAACCGCCCCCUUCCCAGAGAUGCUUCGGCCGAAGAGCAGCAGCAGCAGGACCGAAACGACAGCUUGAACCGCUCUUUUCUCUGACGGAGAAAAACAGAAGCCAUAACCCGGUUCCGAAGGUAGCUCAGUUGCUUCCGCUAAUUUUGACUCCUCAAAAGCCAGAGAGCUCGAAUACGACGAGCAGCGCCAGUCAGAACUCCACUUUCUUCACCUUCAGGAUCACUUUGAAUGGAUGCGAUGACGGACUCGGCGGUGGACGGMAUGACGACGGAGGUCAAGCAAGGCACCAAAUAUGUGAAAGAGACGGAGAACGUCGCGGAGAAAUAUUCGGCGCUGACAGUCAGCAAGAACAGCAGCGACGUGAACAUGAACGUCGGCGAGAUGCCCUCUGCGGCGUUCACCGCAGUCCCGACGCUGAAAUCCGUGAAGAAGAUUCAGUUUGCGAAUGCGGAGGACAAACAGGARUUCAGCAAGUUUCCCACUAAAGCGGGCCGCCGCUCUCUCUCGCGGUCCAUCUCACAGUCUUCCACAGACAGCUACAGCUCAGCUGCAUCUUAUACCGACAGCUCAGAUGAUGAAACCUCCCCGCGGGACAAAGCGCAGGUCAACUCCCACGGCAGCACCGACUUCUGCGUGAAGAACAUAAAGCAGGCCGAGUUUGGCCGGCGAGAGAUUGAAAUUGCAGAGCAAGACAUGUCUGCACUGAUUUCCUUGAGGAAGAGGGCUCAGGGGGAGAAACCUCUGGCCGGGGCGAAGAUAGUGGGCUGUACCCAUAUAACUGCUCAGACAGCUGUCUUGAUUGAAACCCUGGUGGCUCUUGGUGCCCAGUGUCGCUGGACCGCCUGCAACAUCUACUCCACUCAAAACGAGGUGGCAGCUGCUCUCGCUGAGAUCGGUGUAGCUGUGUUUGCAUGGAAAGGUGAAUCAGAGGAUGACUUCUGGUGGUGCAUCGAUCGCUGCGUCAACACCGAGGGCUGGCAGGCCAACAUGAUCUUGGAUGAUGGUGGAGAUCUAACUCACUGGGUGUACAAGAAGUAUCCCAGUGUCUUCAAAAAAGUGCGUGGCAUCGUAGAGGAGAGUGUCACUGGUGUUCACAGAUUAUACCAGCUGUCWAAGGCUGGUAAGCUGUGUGUCCCUGCGAUGAAUGUGAACGACUCUGUUACCAAGCAGAAGUUUGACAACCUUUACUGCUGCCGCGAGUCUAUCCUGGAUGGCUUGAAGAGGACCACAGAUAUAAUGUUUGGCGGAAAACAAGUGGUUGUGUGUGGUUAUGGAGAGGUGGGGAAAGGCUGCUGCACAGCUCUUAAAGCCCUUGGAGCGAUUGUUUGCAUCACAGAGAUUGACCCCAUCUGUGCCCUGCAGGCGUGUAUGGACGGAUUCCGAGUGGUCAAGCUGAGCGAGGUCAUUCGGCAGAUGGACGUGGUCAUUACCUGCACUGGCAAGUCUGCGCAGCCCUGAACUGACCUGGGAGAGGGUUCGCUCUCAGGUCGACCACAUCAUCUGGCCAGAUGGAAAGAGGGUUGUUCUUCUGGCGGAGGGUCGCCUCUUAAAUCUGAGCUGCUCUACAGUGCCAACGUUUGUGUUGUCUAUCACUGCUACAACUCAGGCCCUGGCCUUGAUUGAGUUGUAUAAUGCUCCAGAAGGACGAUACAAACAGGAUGUUUAUCUUCUGCCCAAAAAAAUGGAUGAGUAUGUGGCCAGUUUGCACCUGCCAAACUUUGACGCUCACCUGACGGAGCUUUCUGACGAGCAGGCCAAGUACAUGGGCCUCAACAAGAACGGCCCUUUCAAACCUAAUUAUUACAGGUAUUAAUGAGGAUGUCUGAAACUCAGUGAACACUCGUCCCUGGGAUAAACAGAGAUAUCUAUUUUAUUUUUCUCAAACUGCUACAAAAUGGAGAAAUUAUUUUACUUAAGCUGAAUGUAACUUAUUAAAUAAAUAGCAUCUCAGAAGUAGAGUUAAAUAUUUCAGAGUAAUACAUAUAGACAAUAUAUAAUCAGCUAACAUUAUGUCUUGUCUUUUAAAGAACAGCCUGCUUGCAUGUGUCGAUGUGUAAUUAGUUGCUGUUGUUACGUUUCUUGAUCACUGAGCUGUCGAUUUGUUUGUUUACUCUAUUUACACACAGUGCCAAAUAAUGGCCGUAUAUAUGAAACUAAAAAUUACUGUACCAUUUAUGUUUUGUUUGUCGGUGGCAUUAAGACUUUACGGGCACAUUCCUUAAAGCAGAGUUUAGGCUGAGCCAAAACGAACUCUGUGUUCGUAUGAACAUUGUUUUAGGAUUUGUUUUGUUUUAUUUUACACUAUAUGCAUGAAAUAAUCUUGUUGAA